AUGUAUUUUAUUGUGUGCAAUGGCAGGAAGCUGCAGUACACUCUGGAGGAGAAGUACCUCAAGGGACAACACAAGUACUACUUUGAGUUUGAAGACCUUCGCCUGAUGGUGGACACUCACAGCCUGCCCAUGACACAAACCAACCUACAUACACAGGGAUGUACACUUAUUUGUCGGCGGCCAGUCUUUGAACCUACUAAGAAAUUGGAAGUACCGAAAAUGUCAUCGUUGCUGUUGGCCGAGGUUCCGUCAGUCGUGCAUCAAGUACCUAAACACUGGUCUGCCGUGGACCACUUCCAGGACUUUGAGCUCGUGGAGUUGGAGUCAGCUGACCCAGAGUACAUCACCGUUCAGCGACAGUUCUUCUCGACGAUGAGCAUGACGGAGCAAAAGUUUGUACACGUGUUUCGUGUGCAGAAUCCGGGUCUGUGGGAUAAAUACUGCAGUGCCAAAAGGGCCAUGACCCCUCGAGGUCAAAGGCCAGAAGAGGUGGACGAGCGUCAGUUGUUUCACGGAACGCCGACACUUCAGGCGGCCAGGGGCAUCUGCGCCAACAGUUUUGACUUCCGCAGGUCUGGAGAAAAUGUUGGAGCUAUUCACGGCAAGGGAGCUUACUUCUCCACCACAGCCAAGUACAGUCACAGCUACACACGUGUUCACACCACAGUCAGAGGCGACUCCCUGCGGUUCAUGUUUCUGGGAAGGAUCCUGGUGGGGCAGUACACUCUGGGUAAUGCUUCCUACACUAAGCCACCAGAGCGUGACCGGCUGAAACUGUACGAUUCGUGCGUGAAUAAUGUGUCCAAUCCAUCCAUCUUCGUCAUCUUUGACCUGGCACAGAGCUACCCGGAGUAUUUAAUUCAGUACACUGAUGUUUCAGGCAAAAAACAACAGUCACAGGUUCCCACGUCCGCGUCUGUUCCAUCUUUAGCCCAGACUCAACCUUCCGUUAGUCCUUUGUCUCGACAAAGUUCAUUGAAGAUGAGCACAGUGGCGCCAUCGACAGUUAAUAGUAAUAGGCUUUCAUGGAGCAAUUUACUAUCCACUCCUUCUUCUAGUUUCCCUUCUUCAGGGUCAUCAACUAAUAUAUCUGCAGGAAUCACUUCUACUUUGAGUUCUGUAGGAUCGCCGUCUACUGCAACAUCUCCCUCUUUUACUACGUUUACAGGAUAUCCCCAUCUUGUUACUUCUACAGGAAUUUAUUCCUCGUCUACAGCAUUCCCUUCUGCGUCUACAUCAAAGAAAGCCUUUUCGAGCUCUACAUCUUCAGGGCCGCUCCCGACAUCAUCAUCUUCAGGACCACUCCCUACUUCUACAUCUACAGGGACUAAUCCAUGCUACUUCCUCUUCAAAACUACUCCCUACCUCUACAGCUACAGGAACAUUCCCUACCUCUACAUCAACAGGACCACUCCCUACUUCUACAUAUACAGGAACAUUAUCUACGUCUACAUCUUCAGGAUCACUCCUUGGUACUACAUCUUUAGGAUUGGUCACUACUUCUCCAUCUUCAGGACCACUCCCUGCUGCUUCCUCUUCAAAACCAUACCCUACCUCUACAUCUACAGAACCACUCCCUUCUUCUACGACCGGUCACUACUUCUACAUCUACAGGAUCUUCUAGAUCAUCAGCCCAGCAGCCAUGUACCACAGUACCAGUUCUCCAACCUACUAUGUCACCAGCACCAGUCUCUACAGUGCAGCGCAUCACACCGGCCUUCUGCCGUGGUGCCAGUACAGACAGUGUCACGUACAGCGAUUAGACCUUCUAAAAUAGUGUCACAUUUAGCAAACAAGUCUUCUGCCUUAGCACUUGGUCAGCCAGUGUCACACCAGUCGACUACAUCGCCACCAGUACAGCCAGUGUCACACCAGUCGACUACAUCGCCAUCUGUACAGCCAGUGUCACACCAGUCGACUACAUCGCCACCUGUACAGCCAGUGUCACACCAGUCGACUACAUCGCCACCUGUGCAGCCACGGUCACGAUCAUCGCAACUGACUUUCGCUCAGUCUGUUCCUGGAAGAACACCUCAGACACUAACAUCAUCACCCUACAUGGGCGGUCCUUCAGGUUUCUUACAUCUAUCAUUGAACGACGACCCAACGUCUUUUGCAGCGUUGGAUACAUUCACUAAUGUCUCGCUGUCUACGUGGCAAGACCAAAGCUCUUCACCUGUUACAAAGCCCAGGGACAAGGACAGGUGUGUGAUUGCUUAUGAGGAGUUAAGGAAGAAAAUCCUGGUAAGAAAUCUGAACCAAGCUCAGUCCCAGCUCACGCGCAAGGUAUCGUCAUCAAGUGUGUCCAGGUGUUCCACGUCUACAUCAAAAGAAGAAGAAGACUGCAUCGUCAAUGUCUUCAACUUUCUUCUGAAGCAGUUUUUCGGUCGAACUAAGUUCAACACGUUCUUAACAGACAGAGGGAAUCUCCUCCAGGGUCUGAAGAGACCAGGUAUUAUUGAAUGGUUUAAAGACAACCAAGACCGAUUCCUCUUGUACGAGAGUGAAGGUGAUGUGAAGUACGUUUCUGUUUACAACAGCCGAGCGAGGGCUUGUCGCAGCUACCACAAUCCCAGUCGCCCUGACUUCGGCAAUCAUCGUUGUCAUUACUUCCACGUCUGCAGACGUUACGUGGGCGGCGACUGUGUCAACCCCCGGUGUAGUUUAACUCACGAUUUAUCCUCCGGGUCAAAUUUCAAGGUGCGGUCGGAUUUGAAUUUGGAUCAACUCACCGACGAUGAAGUCCUGGCGCUCAUUCUGUGCAGCAGUCCAGCAGUGUGUGUCAAUCAUAACAAAUCCGGGUGCAAGCUCAGUGAUUGCCCGGACCUCCAUGUUUGUGUGACGUAUAUCUUCAACCAGUGUCCCAGAGGUGAGGGCUGCAAGUCAGGCCACGCCAUCAGAGACUCGGGGGAACACAACUCGUAUGUCUUGAAGGCAUUUGGACUGGACGAGUUGCCGGAAGACGAUCUGCGCAGACUCGUGAUCGUCAAAAAGGGAAAUAACCGGGAGGAUCCACAGGACGCUGGUGUCUUUGCUGUACAGACAACUCCACCAAGAGGUCAAGAGGUUGCCACAGUCUCAUCCAUUCAUCAGGCAGCGACUGAUGUUUAUCAAGCAGCAGCAUCAGGCGUUGCUGAACCUCAGAUAGAGAUUAACUUCAUUGACUACAUUCUAGAUCUUUCGAAUUGGAGCAGUGUCGAAGCAGAUGAUGAUGUGGACACAUACGAAUACAUCUGUGAAGCAUACACCUGGACAGGUGCGUGUCCUAAAGGCUUAAACUGUCCCCAUUAUCACAGUCCUCAUCGCCACCCUUACCUGUGGCUGAAGUUGGAGGACGGACACCCGCCAAGCGUCAGCGUUGUCUUCGAGGAAAGGUUUUGUGCCGUCGAUGAUAUUUUUAACCAGGUCUCCAUUGCUGUUCAGCGUUGUCCCGACAUUAUCCACCAGAUUCCUGAACACUGGACUGCUGUGGACCGCUUCCAAAGCUUCGAGCUCGUUGAACUGGACUAUGAUGAUCCAAAGUAUGUGGAUGCGCGACGACAGUUUUUCUCGACGAUGAAUGAAGAGAAGCACCAAGUUGUACACAUAUUCCGCGUUCAGAACCCGGCGCUGUGGGAUAAAUAUUGCAGUGCCAGACGUGCUAUGACACCACACGGUGAGUCACCAGAAGAUGUGAAAGAGCGCCAGUUGUUUCACGGAACCCCGACACUUCAGGCGGCCAGGGGCAUCUGCGCCAACAGCUUCGACUUCCGCAGGUCUGGAGAAAAUGUUGGAGCUAUUCACUGGGGCAAGGGAGCUUACUUCUCCACCACAGCUGAGUAUAGCCACAGCUACACGACAGACCAAAUGGAAGCCAGUGGCCACCACAUGCGACUCUUGCGUGAACAAUGUAGACGACCCACCAUCUUUGUCAUCUUUGACCUGGCACAAAGCUACCCGGAGUAUUUUAUUAAGUACACUGAUGUUCCUCAGAACAAACAGUGUAAACGCUAUCCAGCUUCUUCACUUGCAGGGUCAUCUUGUACUUGUAAACCUGUAGGGUCUUCUUCCAUUUGCACAUCCACUUCAAGAUCUGUAGGAUCCCCUUCUACUUCCAAGUCUGUUGGAUCACUAUCCUCUGUUACACCUUCAGGAUUCCCUUCUACAUCUACAUCCACAGGGUCUCCUUCAUCAGCAGGAUCAACCCCUACUUCUAAAUCUGUAGGGUCUCCAUGCACGCCUACAAGUGCAGUAUCACCCUCUACUUCUAAACCUCUAAGACCACCCUCUUCUAUUUCAACUGCAGCCUCUACUUCAAAAUUUAUUGGGUCUGCCUCCACUCCUCAAACUUUAGGAUGCAACUCUGCUCCUUCAUGUAAAGAAUCCUGUUAUACUUCUACAAUUGCUGAAUCCUUCUCUUCUUUCAAAUCUGUAGCGUCCCCUUCUACUGCUACAUCGGCAACAACGGGACUCCCUUCUACAUCUGCAGGAUCCACCUCUACUAAAUCCUCAUCUAUUUCUCCAUCUGCUGGAUCUCAGUUCCUUCAAUUGCAGGAUCCCCGUCUACUUUAAGAUGUGUAGGUACACCAUCUACAUCAGGAUCCACUUUUGCUUCUACAUCUACAUACUCUAAGCCUGCGUCAAAUCGUUUGACAUCUUCUGCACCCAAGCACACCCCAUCCAUUCCAUGCAGCCAGUGACACAAUCGGCACACAUGCCUUCUCGGCAGCACAACCUCUACCCGCGUCACACCCAGCACCUCAACCUCCUACUUCAGCAAU